CAAAAAUCACUGAUGACGAAAGUAAUUAAGGAAAGUUAUGGAAAAUAGGAAGUUGUAAUGAGAAGACUCAGGGUUGGUCAUACGAGACUGAAUGAUGUCACGUAUAUACUUACUCACGUAUAAGGGAUUCCAAUGCGUGUGAGAGGUGUUUGGGCUUCUCCGAAUUCUCGAAUUCAGGUGUGCGAGGGAACUUUUAAAAUGUUUGAGGGACAGUCAGAUGCUGUGUACAUGAUGGAGUUGGGACAUGAGUAUGAAAGAGGCGCUCUUAGGUUCCGUCGUGCGUCAGGGACCUUUUGUCCGCCGGCUUCCGGGUUAGACGAGCGCCCUUCCAAAUGCAGCUGAACGCUGGACGCCCGUCGCCAGCAUGUCAUUGAUCAACAAAACGCAUCUCUUGUUCUCUUGGUGUUUUUUGAGGUCGGCAUCCUUCGCCCGCACUCUGCCCGCUCGCCUCAACUCCAACAGGACGUCGGUGGUGCGCUGCAGUCGACAGAAAUACGAACGCUUGUUCCCGGUGAUGCUGGUGCGGCCCGAUGGCUCCACCGUCAACAUCCGAUACACAGAACCCAGACGCAUCCUCAUGAUGCCAGUAGAUCUGUCGACGUUGUCGGAGGAGCAGCGUCGUAGUCGUCAAAAGAAGCGCGAAGUCAAGAAGACCGCCAAAGAGACCACCGUCCACUACGAGGACGAUUUCAAGGUGGACAAGUACAGCCAAUUCUGGAACAAGAAGAAAUAAAGAAAAGACGGUCGUGGUCAAGAUUAGAAUCUGUUUGAAAAGUGUGCAGACUUGAGACCAAUUGUUUUCUACGGCCCGUUGUUUCCAAACAUCUUGUCUAUUUUGUGAACGUGUGCGUGUGUCCAUUGAAGAGCCUUUCAACACAGCGCUGUCAUUUGUGUUUCCUGACUUGACUUCAUGGUUUUUCAAUUCAUUCAAACAAACGUUGUUGGUAAUUGGUAGCAAAACCGAUGGAAUAUUUUUCUCUGAACACAAGUAGAAAGACAAAUAGCUUGGAUGCUAAAUAUCAACAGUUUAAAGACAAAAAAGUGAAUUCAGUUUUAUUUCUAAUCUUUAAAGAUGCUGAGAAUGUUGGAAAGACUGAAUUACUCAGUUGUGGAAUUUAAUUUUUCCUGAUUUCCCCCCCCCCCUUUUUUUUCGGGCGGGGGUGAUUAAAGUUGAUGUUUUAGUCGCCUAUUUAGUUCAGUCUACCUAAAAAUAAAGUCAACAAUAACACGAUA